AUGUCGUCUGCAGGUCUUCCGACGGUGCUCGCCGUGGGCACCGGUGAAUACACGACUGGCUUUGUGGGCAACUCGGAAUCGCCAUCGGACAAGAAGCUCGGCGUGGUGGGCCUCGUGAUGUUCGACCUUCGUCGCCGCGGGCUCAUCUCCCCCGAGAUCAAAAUGGUCGGCACCAACGGCGACAAGUUCGUGGGGAUCCGACAGCACUUCGAGAAGAACAUCGAGAGCAAGUACCGCGACAUGUCGACGGCAUUCACGUCGUAUCCCGCAGCGGGGGUUCGCGAUGGGGAUGCUUACAAGAGCGCGAUCGACUCUCUGAAAGCCGGCGAUGCGAUUACCAUCUUCACGCCAGACUCGACGCACUUUGAGAUUGCCAUGUAUGCGAUUCAGCGUGGGGUGCAUGUGCUGGUGACGAAGCCGGCGACGCAGACGCUCAAGGACCAUCAGGCUUUGGUGGAUGCGGCGGCCAAGGCGGGGGUGCUGUGUAUGGUUGAGCACCACAAGCGCUUCGACCCGGCGUAUGCGGAUGCCCGCCAGCGUGCGAGGGACGAGCUGGGCGAUCUCAACUACUUCUACUCGUACAUGAGCCAGCCCAAGAAUCAGCUCGAGACAUUCAAAGCCUGGGCAGGCAGGGACAGCGAUAUCUCGUACUACCUCAACUCGCACCACAUCGACAUCUGCCUCUGGAUGGUCCAGGGCCGUGCGAUCCCCGUCCAGGUGACUGCCUCGGCCUCGCAGGGCAUCGCCACCGCCAAAGGCUGCGUCGCAGGCACGGAGGACACCAUCACGCUGCUCGUGGAUUUUGGCAUCCUCGAUCCCGCCACCGGCGCAGCACAGACGGGCAAGCGCGCCACUGCCGUCUUCACCGCCUCGUGGGCAGCCCCGCAAGGAGCCGGAGUGCACUCGGAACAGCACUUCCACUUCGUCGGCACCCAAGGUGAAACGCGCAUCAACCAGGCCCGCCGCGGCUACCAGUUCACCAAGGAAGACAGCGCCCAGUCGGUCACCGGAGGAUCGUGCACCGACUACAACCCGUUCUACAUGCGCUACACUCCGGACGCCGAGGGCUUCUUCGCUGGUCAGCAUGGUUACGGUUACUUGAGCCUCGAGAACUUUGUCACGGCUUGCACGCGCAUCAACAGGGGCGAGCGCAACGCCGCGGACUACGACGUUGUCCUGCCGACGAUCAAGGAUACCGUGCUGACCACGGCCAUCUUGGAGGCGGGUAGGAGGAGUCUGGAUGGCAAGAAGACCGUGCAGAUCAAGUUUGACGGUGGCGCAUGGUCACUCGAGUAG